AUGCUACUCUCCCUCAUCGCUUACUUCGACGUAAAGAUACUUGCGACUUUAGUUUGGUGCCUGCAGUUACUUAUAGUAACCGUUUCUGAACGCUACAAGUAUCAAUAUUAUCCACUACAAAAUGGUCAGGAUGGAGAAAGAUACGACUUUGUGAUAAUAGGUGGCGGUACAGCCGCUUGCGUGCUUGCUAACCGCCUAACGGAGGUACCUCAUUGGUCCGUGCUUGUCAUAGAAGCCGGGGAAGACCCGCCUUUAGCAUCUGACAUUCCAGGGGUAUCAACCCUUAUAGCUCCUGCCCUGCCCCACUGGGAGUUCUCUGCCACAGAUGACGGAUACUCCAGCCAAGCAUUGCAGUCCAAAAAGAUUAUAUACUCCCAAGGAAAAAUGAUGGGAGGGUCAAGUAGUUCGAACUUCAUGUACUAUGUCAAGGGUAAUGAGAAAGACUUUGACGACUGGCUUGAAAAAGGUAGUGAAGGCUGGGAUUGGGAAUCCGUACAACAAUAUUAUAAAAUGAGCGAAAGAUUUAAAGACGAAGAUAUUCUCAAUAGUAAUACGGGUCAUUUACAUAACACAAACGGUUAUUUAGGAGUCACUAAAUACGACUGGGAGGAAGAAACCAAAGAGCUUUUCGAUUCUUUAAAGGAAAACGGCCGAACAAUUCUCAACGACACUAACGGUAAUGAUCAAAUCGGUUACUCUAUACCUCAGUUCUCGAUAGCCGAUAACUUAAGGCAAAGUUCGCUGGUGUCAUAUAUAAGACCAUUAAAUCGUACAAACCUCUCAAUCCUUAGACAUAGUUAUGUCAGCAAAAUUAUAUUUGUUAACAAUACAGCUGUUGGCGUUGAGGUAACGGAUGUUAAUGGAAAUGUAAAGAAAAUAAAAUCAAAUAUAGAGGUAAUUCUAUCGGCAGGAACAAUUAAAAGUCCGCAGCUUCUUUUACAAUCUGGAGUGGGUCCAAAAUAUCAUCUCAAAGAACAUAAUAUACCUUUAAUUUACCACUCUCCGCACGUAGGCGCGAACUUGCAGGACCACGCUACGGUCCCAAUACUAAUUCCCGGGCAAGAAAUUUCAUUUGCCGGUGUAUAUCCUAGUGAUUUGAAAGUGAUACCACGUUUAAAUGAAUUCCCAAAGCCUUGCGUAAUGGGUUUCGGUGCGUUAGAUAAAGGACCUCGUCCAGAUUACCAAGUAAAAGCCUUCCCGUUCCCACGUGGAAGUCUAUUUAGUUCUCUCAUGUGUAUUGAAGUUUUCAAAUGGAACAGGGCCAUUUGCGUCAACGUCGCGAAGGCAUCCCACCAUGAUGUCCUAUUUGCCCUGGUGGUUUUAUUGCAUCCAAAAUCAAGAGGAUAUGUGCGACUCAAAAGUAAUGACCCUAUGAGUGACCCCGAAGUGGUCACAGGCUUUUUUUCCAAUAAGGAUGACAUUACCACGUUUGCCAAGUCUGUUGAAGACUUCAUUUCUAUCGUCAACACAACAUAUUUCAAAAGAAAAUCUGCUACAGUUACUGAUUUAGGUGUUACACACUGUAAAGAGUACAUAUUUGGUAGUAGAGACUAUUGGGAGUGUUUCGUUAAAAACAUGGCCUCUUCGGUGUACCACCCAGUCGGGACGUGCGCAAUGGGUAGAGAUGGUGUGGUGGAUAAAGCGCUGCUAGUCAGAGGUGUUAAUCGACUGAGAGUUGUGGAUGCAAGUGUAAUGCCAUCAAUCGUGAGUGGGAACACGUACGCUACUGUCGUCAUGAUAGCCGAAAAGGCCGCUGAUAUGAUUAAACAAACAUACAAAAGAGACGGAACUCAUACUUGUUCCAGAAUGUUGUUAAACCUGGCUAUAUCAGCCUUAGCCUAUAUCGAUGUCAAAGUACUCGCCCCCCUUUUAGCAGUCGUUCAAAUCAUCAUAGUAGGUAUCACUUCGGGAGAUUUUAAAAACCUAUACUACCCGCCACAAGCUGAUGUUACAGCCGGAAGAAGCUACGACUUCAUAGUAGUCGGAGGGGGAUCCGCCGGCUGUGUAGUCGCCAACCGCCUCACCGAAGUAUCAAACUGGACUGUGCUACUGAUCGAGGCAGGAGACUAUCCGCCACUCGCUUCAGAUAGCCCAGGUGUAUCAGUAGUGACCGCUCCCAAGCUUCCGCGCUGGGACUUCGACGCAAAAAACGAUGAAUACUCCAGUCAAGCCCAAAACACAAAGAGCAUCGUCUACACCCAAGGCAACAUGCUGGGCGGAUCCAGCUCCUUGAAUUUCAUGUACUACGUGAGAGGAAACGAGAGGGACUUUGAAGAUUGGGCUGAUAGAGGUGUCCAAGGAUGGGAUUGGAAGACCGCACUCAAGUACUACAUGAAGAGCGAGAGGUUUACAAACCGAGCGAUCCUCAAAAGUGAUUCUGGUCAAUUGCAUAGCACGGACGGAUAUCUAGGAGUAACGCAGUACAACUGGACGAAAGAUCUGGCGCCGUACUUCGAGGCGUUCGAAGAAAACGGGCGACAGAUCGUCGAAGACAUCAAUGGAUACGAACGUAACGGAUAUGGGACACCGCAAUUCACCAGCGCAGAACUCAGACAGAGCGCAGGCGUCGCUUUCAUACGACCGAUUAAGGAUCGGCCCAACCUUCACGUCCUCAAAAAAUGUUAUGUAAGAAAAAUCAUAAUUAAGGACGGCGUCGCUGUCGGCGUUGAAGUUGAAACCGAUGAUGAAACUAUGGAACUAAUGGCCAACAUUGAAGUAAUCUUGUCUGCGGGAGCGAUAAGAAGUCCACAAGUUCUCAUGCUAUCCGGAAUCGGACCCGCAGAUCACCUGAAAAAACUAGGUAUCAACACAAUUGUAGACUCACCGCGGGUCGGUAGUAAUAUGCAAGAUCAUCCACUUAUUCCUAUAAUAAUACAAGGGGAAACGGAAUUUCCCAUACUCGUCAGCGACUUGAAAACACUGCCAAAACUCGGAGACUUUCCUGCGCCGUGUGUAAUGGGUCUUAUAAGCUUGGAUAAGAACGACACGCAACCAUUUUAUCAAAUUAUCGGCUUUCCAUUCCCAUCUGGUUCUUUGUUCGUGACACUAAUGUGUACAGAAGUGUUUAAAUAUAACGAGGAUAUAUGCAUAGCGGCAGCAGAGGCGUCCCACCACGAUAUAUUCUUUGCUUUUCUAGUCUUGCUGCACCCUGAAUCGAGGGGAUCAGUUCGCUUGAAGACGACGAAUCCUAAAGACUAUCCUGAGGUGAGCAGCGGUUAUUUCUCAGUCAAAGACGACAAAACAAAGUUGGCAAGAGCUACUGAGGACUUUUUGACUGUGACCAGCUCGAAACUGUUUAAAAGUACCUCGGCUAAGGCGGCGGAUUUAAAAGUCGACCAAUGCAAGUUAAAGUGGUUCGGUAGUCGGGACUACUGGGAGUGUUAUGCUCUCAACAUGGCUUCAACUCUGUACCAUCCAAUAGGUACCUGCGCUAUGGGCACCGAUGGCGUGGUGGAUGACACGCUACUCGUCCGAGGCGUGAAGGGAUUGAGGGUGGUGGAUGCCAGUGUAAUGCCCUCGAUAGUGAGUGGGAACACAUACGGCACGGUUGUCAUGAUAGCUGAAAAAGCUGCAGAUAUGAUCAAAACCGCGUAUGGCAUUCAUACUAACUAA